AUGCGUCUUCUUAUAUUGUUUUUCGUCGUUAUUAUUUGCGAGAACGGAGGUGGAACGCUAUAUCAAUGUGAUACAAAUGCUUUAUGUGGAUGUUCAACUUCAUUUACUCUCGUAUCACGUAUUGCUGGUGGUGAAACUGCAGGCCGACAAUCUUGGUCAUGGACUGUUUCUCUUCGUUCUCAUGGAAAACACUUUUGUGGAGGAACAAUUCUUUCACCAUCAUUCAUUGUUACUACUGCUCUUUGCAUUAAAGAUAUAUAUGAUUUAAAAAGCAUUACUAUUCUUGCUGGCUCUCUAACUUUAAAACCUUCGUCAAAUGAUUUAUCCCAAGUUCGUUCAAUUGAUAGAAUCUACCAACAUCCUGAUUAUAACUCUGAUUUGUUGACAAAUGAUUUGGCUCUUAUUCGCUUGUGUAGUCCAUUAAAUAUGAAAUAUGGAAAUAUCAAACCAAUCUGUUUACCACCUGAUACUGUUCCUCAACCACCAGACAAUAUUAGUAUGAUCGCUCUUGGCUGGGGUAAAACAUCUAUGUGGACACAUGAAUUUUCUUCAACUCUUCGUCAAGUCACAGUACAAUCCAUAGCAAGUACAUACAGUGGAUGUAAAGAUCUUAUUUCUGAUAGUAAACUACAAUUUUGUGCUGGAAUAAUAACUGGUGGCAAAGAUACUUGUCAAGGUGAUGGUGGUGGACCAUUAAUGGCAUUUGUUGAUAAUGUUUGGCAAAUUUAUGGUAUCACAUCCUAUGGAUAUGGAUGUGCAUUACCUGGUUCUCCAGGAGUCUACACUCGAGUUAGUUUUUAUAUAGAAUGGAUCAAAUCUAUCAUGUCAUCCGAAGAGGUUACGGCAACUACAAUUAGUACAAGUGAGGAACCAAUAACAGAUCCCACAAGUGAAGAAUCAAUAACAGAUUCUACAAGCGAAGAACCAAUAACAGAUUCCACAAGUGAAGAAUCAAUAACAGAUUCUACAAGCGAAGAACCAAUAACAGAUUCCUCAAGUGAAGAACCAAUAACAGAUUCCACAAGUGAACAGCCAGUAACAGAUUCCACAAGUGAACAACCAGUAACAGAUUCCACAAGCGAAGAACCAAUAACAGAUUCCACAAGUGAACAGCCAGUAACAGAUUCCUCAAGUGAAGAACCAAUAACGGAUUCCUCAAGUGAAGAACCAAUAACAGAUUCUACAAGCGAAGAACCAAUAACAGAUUCCACAAGCGAACAACCAAUAAUAGAUUCCACAAGUGAAGAACGAAUAACAGAUUCCACAAGUGAACAGCCAAUAACAGAUUCCACAAGCGAAGAGUCAAUGACAACUGUGACAACUACGGCUAGUACAAGCAAAAACUCGAUGACAGCUCAAAUGACAGACUUAUUCUUUGAAAUACCAAAUAAUAAUAACUAUUCAAGAAUUCCAUCAUUGUUUGUUAUAUUUCUUCUGCUAAUCAUAGCCAGUAUAUUUUUAUUUCUAUGUCUUUUCUUAUUCUUUUAUUGUAAAACUAUUUACUGA